CUCAUACUGCUCCCUCACAUACGCUGCGAUGGACCUUCAUCGUGAAUCUUCUUGGAAUAACACUACCCUUCUGCUCGAACAGAGAGAAUAACGAGCCGAAGAAGCGCACGGGGGCGCCACCGAGACAUCUUCGUCAGGGCUGAACACCCGCCCCGCCCUCGAUCUUCCGCAGGUUCCAGUUGCGCUUGCUCAGUCUCCCAUCAUGAAGCCAAGACAACUCACUUCUCCUUAACACCAUGGCUGUAUAAGACGCGCACAGCCUGGUUUGCGGGGGCUUGUACUCUUCAACCCUCAAGUCGCUUCAUACACAUCACUAUACAGAAGGGUCUACCCACAACCACCCAGCAUACCCCGACCAUCAGCUGCCCCGCAAUCGCAUUCGCAUCGUCAUGAGCUAUAACGACACCUUCAAAACGUUCCCCCGAUCAAGAUUUAUCUGGAACGAGUACGAUCGCAUAGGCAGCGGCUCUAAUGGCACCGUCACCAAGGCCGUAGACCGCGACUCUGGCCGCGUUAUUGCGCUCAAGUUCCAGCGCCGCGAUCGACGACCAGGAGCUCCCGUCCUUCGACAGCAAAGAAACGAGCACAUCAUCCACGCCACCCUCAGCGAUCACCCCCACAUCGUCACCCUUAUCGACACCUUCGUCAACGAAAGUCAUGUCAUCACCGCCAUGUCGAUAUGCAAGGGCGGCGACCUCUUUGCCGCCAUCUUCAAGGACCACUUUCGCCUGCGCGUCGACGAGCUCAAGGACGGCUUCCUCCAGCUUAUCAGCGCGCUCGAGUUCAUGCACGACAACGGCAUGUACCACCGCGACCUUAAGCUCGAGAACGUGCUUCUCUGCGAGGACAUGGAGACCUGGAAGAUCGCCGACUUCGGAUGGGCGACCACGAACGAGAUGACGGAGGAGCCAGGCCUGGGCAGCACCUUCUAUCGCAGCCCGGAGAUUUUGCGCGGGCACUAUUACAACCGCGACGCUGACAUCUACGCGCUCGGCAUGAUCUUCUUCGUCGCCGUCGCGCAGUGCAAGCCGUGGUCACAGCCCAGCAGGCGAGACGUCGACUUCCGCUUGUACCUCAGCCAGGGGCCCGCGUUUCUGCAAUCCGUCGCUUGCGUCUCGGACGUGUUCAGCGGGUUCGUGGGCCAAUUCCUGACCGCGGAUCCGCUCGACCGCAUCACCCUUGUCGAGGCGGAGCGCGAGCUGGAUUCGAUGAACUCUAUCCACCUACGAUGUAUGCCUGCCGGCUUCCUUGAAGCGCCCCGCGCACCCCCACGCCCGCCUCGUAGCGCGGCCCGCAAGGCUGGCCAGCCUUCAUCACUUCCGAUGCCCUCCCUCGUCCGCACCACUUCGGUCGACACAUGGAGUGCAAGCUCGUCUAUCGAGCAGCCUUCUACACCCCCAGCGACGCCGCCUUCGACUUCUCCCGCCUCUGAGCCCGCCCCCGAGAAGGGUUUGCGGCGGACGCCGGCCAUCCGGCGAGCACCGGCGAUCCUCCCGGACGACUUUAUGGCCACAGGAUAUAUGGCGACACCGUCGAAGGUCAUCGUGCACGAGGAGCGCGUGCAGCAAAAGCUCGGGCUGCGGAGUCGCGUUGGGGCGACUCUGCGGCGCGCGAUACAGAGUCUCCAGGGCAGGAGAGCGACCUUCAGCUCCUUCAGCUUGCGCGGGUCGGAGUCGGGGGUUGCAUGUUGAUGAGGAAUCGUCGCUUACUUUCCUGUGUACGUUUACGACCUGAUUUGUGGGACUAUGGAUUAUUGGAAGGAUCGGAUGCGCAUCAUGUACUCCUACUAUCACCUUCGACACCACGGACAUCACCAUGCACUAUGCACCCCUAUUCUACUGUACUGCUGCCUUGAGCAAUAAUCAGAUUUUCUUCUGCUGCUCA